AUGUUUCAGGACAUUCCGGUAGCAGUCAUGCUCAGAGCGCUUGGAGCCGCAACCGAUCGCGAGAUGACUUCAUUGAUCGGAGACGACGAAGGUAUGAUGGACUUAUUCGCACCAUCGAUUGAUGAAGCGCGCCGGAUGAAAAUCUUUACGGAAAAGCAGGCAUUGUCGUAUAUUGGGCAAAGGGUGCGCGAAAGCAAGGCUGACAGCUUCUACCUUAAAGGUUCCCCGGUUGACGAUGCUCGGAAUUUUCUUGCCACUUAUUUUCUGGGGCAUGUUCCGGCAUUUAACUGGAACAUGAGACUGAAGAGAAUAUACGUGGCGUUGAUGACACGUCGACUAAUUCAAGUCCAGUUGGGUGUGUGCGAAUUUGAUGACCCUGAUUUCUAUGGCAACAAACGACUCGAGCUCGCUGGAUCAUUGCUGGAAAUUCUGUUCGAAGACUUGUUCAAGAGACUAAAUUCAGAAGUAUGA